AUGGCUAGAUUUGCGGUCUUACAGCUUCUCCUACCUCUGGCAGCAGGAUUAACUGGUGCUUCAUUCCCGGCGCAAAUUCCGACUAUCUUAGAAGAACCGGAUACUCCUCAUUAUGCAGUUCACCAUACUGUAGUCUCGGCCAGCUCUUUGUCGGAGAGUCUGAAGUUCUAUGUGGAUGGACUCGGGCUCGACAUCAUACGAAACUACAAUUUUCAGGGGGACCUGACGACUCUGUUCGGAACCAACACCUCUGUUCUACCCGGCUACUUUCUCGGCGACACGACGUCUGUUUACAACGGAACCGAUGGCGUGAUCUACCUUGUCGAGUUUCCAGAUGCCAAGAAAAUUCCUACGGACGAGUCCGAUCCGCCAAACACGGGUUUGUUCCUGACAUCUUUCUGGAUGGGGGACAAGCUCAAUGCCACCUUGGAUCGUUUGGACCGGUUGGGUAUGGGAGGGAAACCUCACAUCGCAACGUUUAGUUUUGGCUCGGAACCUCUGGCAACCUAUGCCACGGUGAGAGAUCCUGACGGGGCACGAGUGCUGCUUGUCAGCCGACCGUACAUCAAUUCCAUCGGUAAACAGCGUCCUUGA